AUGCAGCUGUCGAUAGUUUUGCUAGGUGUAUUGCACGCCGUAGCCGGUGCGCAGUUUUGGAGAUCACCAUUCUAUCGGUCGUUCGAGGAAUCCCUCUCGGAAUGUGCGAACUAUUUCAAAAUAUCGAAUAGUACCGCAAAUCGAUACAUUCAAAAUGGGUUUCCGAACGAGCAAAGCGUUAAACAGCUAAUUCACUGCGUCUUGCUCGAUUUGCAAGCUUGGGAUACGGAACAAGGGGUCAUUGGCCGCCAGCUCAUUGCCGCUUUAAGUGGUAUUCAGUUCGACGAAGAAAGUGAACGCCACAUCCAGUGCUGUCUACAAAAUUCUCGGGUCGAUGAGCUGAAAGAUCAAGUUCUCGAACGAGCGUAUCGUUCAUUUGUGUGUUACCACAAUGUUUACGGGCAUUCUGGAAGCAGCAGCCAACAGUAUCUUCGCUACACCGACGACAUCCGGAAAAAGUUCAUGCGUGAAGCCAUCCUAAUCCAAAAUGUACCAUAUCGCACGUUGUUGGAAUUCAGCAAGGAUAAUGUUGAGACUCAACCGGAAUGGCCGAGCGUUUCUCUAACGUACGUUCUCAGAGUAGGAUUCUAUAGCCGUGAGCAGGGUUACGACUUCGAACAUCUCUACACUCAAUUCGGAGCACCGGAGUUGCUCGGUAACGAAGUGAGAUUGUGUCAGGAUAGAGUACGAGCCCAGUAUUGCGAGGAGCCCCAACGAUUGAUUCAAACAUUCAGACAGUGUGUCAGACCCUACGUAACGACACUGAAAAUAGUUUCAAUCAACACUGAAAAUAGUUUCACAACAAGUCAAAGAAGAAGAAGACAUGUGUCGUUACUAGAAUUCGUGUGA